AGAGAGAGAGAGAGAGAGAGAGAGAGAGAGAGUGUGUGUGUAAAGCAAUAGUGGCAAAUCCACCAAGCAAGCAGUAGAGUGGUACUAGACUAGACUCUACUAAGAAGUAAGAACACAAAGAACACGGACACACCACCACCGCUACCAGACACAUCAAGCAAAUUAGCUUUCUGUUUCCAUAACCGGAAGACUUUGGAUCAAAACCCAACUCUUGGUUUUCUAUAUUUGCGCAUGUUCUAGUUCAAAACAGUAUGUGUAUUGGUCUGUGCUAGGCUUUGUUCAUCACUUAGCUUUGGUUUUUCUUUGGCUCUUAGAUAAUAAUGUGUAGGCUGAUGAAGUUUUCAUUUGGGUUUUUAUGGUGUGGGAUCUGGUGCUUUAAGGUGGCAUAGGCUUUGGGUGUUCUGAGGCUGAGAUCUGUUGCUUCUUUCAGCAGUGUUGGGUUUUUAGGCUAUUGGGGUUUUCUGGGGUUUGCUGUAAAAAGCUUGGUUUUUGAGAUUGGUUAUUUGGGUUGAGUAAAGUUUUGAUUUUUUGAAGCUGUGAGUCUUGAGGCUCAGUUCCAGAGGUGGAGGUAGGGUGUUUCAAAUGUUGAGGCUUUUUCAUUGAAGGUUGUGGAAUGAGGUGUUUAAUUAGAGGUUGGACAUUCUGGGGGGUGGGGCUGAGGUUGAUCAGGUGCGAAUGAGGCUGAAGUUGAUUGUGUUGUGUAGUGAAACCGGUUUCGGUUGAAAAUCAGAAGUUGGGUUCUUUAUGGUUUGCUUUGCAUGAAUGUGAAGUUUCCUGCUUUUGUAAAGUUGUGCAUCAAGUUUUUUUUCCUUUUCUGGGAUUUGAAUGGGGUUUUGUCCGGUGGAGAUAUGAGAUUGUGUAGUGAAAAGAAAGGAGGUGAAGAAAAGGAUUGUUCUGUGGUUUUUAGGUGAUUAUUUGUGUUCACUGUUCAGUUAUUGUGAUUUAGUACUUUUUGAUUCACUGCAAGAUGAGGCUCUCUUCUGCUGGCUUUAGUCCUCAACCCCAAGAAGGGGAAAAGAGAGUUUUGAAUUCUGAACUUUGGCAUGCUUGUGCCGGUCCUCUUGUUUGUCUACCUGCUGUUGGUAGCCGUGUAGUUUAUUUUCCUCAAGGUCACAGUGAACAGGUUACUGCUUCAACCAACAUGGAAGUGGAUUCCCAUAUUCCUAAUCACCCAAGCUUACCUCCACAACUUAUCUGUCAACUACACAAUGUGACGAUGCAUGCAGAUGUUGAGACAGAUGAAGUAUAUGCACAGAUGACCUUGCAACCAUUGAAUCCACAAGAGCAAAAGGAUGGCUACCUUCCAGCAGGAUUAGGCAGCCCUAACAAACAGCCAACAAACUAUUUCUGUAAAACUUUGACAGCCAGUGACACUAGUACCCACGGUGGUUUUUCUGUUCCUCGCCGGGCUGCUGAAAAAGUUUUUCCUCCAUUGGACUUCUCCCAACAACCACCAGCGCAAGAGUUAAUUGCAAGGGAUCUGCAUGAUAAUGAAUGGAAAUUUAGACACAUAUUUCGCGGCCAGCCUAAAAGGCAUCUCCUUACAACAGGGUGGAGUGUGUUUGUAAGUGCUAAAAGACUGGUUGCUGGAGACUCGGUUCUUUUCAUCUGGAAUGAAAAAAAUCAACUACUCCUUGGUAUCCGGCGAGCUAACCGACCACAAACUGUGAUGCCUUCAUCAGUUUUAUCAAGUGAUAGCAUGCACUUGGGACUUCUUGCUGCUGCAGCUCAUGCAGCUUCAACAAAUAGUCGUUUCACCAUAUUUUAUAAUCCAAGGGCUAGCCCAUCAGAGUUUGUCAUUCCCCUGGCCAAGUACAUUAAGGCAGUCUAUCAUACUCAUAUUUCUGUUGGCAUGCGUUUUAGGAUGUUAUUUGAAACAGAGGAAUCAAGUGUCCGACGCUACAUGGGAACCAUAACUGGCAUAAGUGACCUAGAUGCUGCUCGGUGGCCUAAUUCACAUUGGCGUUCAGUCAAGGUGGGCUGGGACGAAUCCACAGCUGGGGAGAGGCAGCCAAGAGUGUCCCUGUGGGAGAUUGAACCAUUAACAACAUUUCCCAUGUAUCCAUCUUCGUUCCCCCUUAGGCUUAAGCGGCCAUGGCCACCUGGACUACCCUCUUAUAAUGGUUUGAGGGAAGAUGACCAUAACAUGAAUUCUCCACUUUUGUGGCUUCGAGGAGAUACUGGAGACCGUGGAAUCCAGUCUUUGAACUAUCAUGGCAUUGGGGUCACACCAUGGAUGCAACCCAGGUUUGAUGCUUCUAUGAUUGGCUUGCAGACAGACAUGUACCAAGCUAUGGCUGCUGCUGCCCUUCAGGAGAUGAGGGGCGUAGACCCUUCCAAAUUGCUACCUACGUCCCUUCUGCAGUUUCAGCAAACCCAAAACCUCUCCAGCAGGUCUGCUGCCUUAAUGCAGCCCCAGAUGGUGCAAGAGUCUCAAUCUCAACAAGCCUUCCUCCAAGGUGUUGAAGAAAUUCGUCAGUCAUAUUCUCAGACUCCAACGCAGUCGCACCUGCAGCAUCAAUUGCAGCACCAAAACUCAUUCAGUAAUCAACAGCAGCAGAUCCUUGAUCACCAACAGAUUCCAAGUGCUAUCUCUUCCAUGAAUCAGUUUGCUUCUGCUUCUCAAUCCCGGUCACCAUCUUUUCAAGUUAUCACCUCACCAUGCCAACAACAGAGCUUUCCUGAUUCGAAUGGGAACUCUGCAACCAGCACCACAUUAUCUCCCUUGAGCAGUCUUAUGGGUUCAUUUUCGCAGGAUGAAUCUUCCAACCUGCUCAACGUGCCUAGAACUAAUCCUUUACUGUCAUCUUCUGGCUGGCCAUCUAAGCGAGCAGCAAUUGAACCUCUUCUUUCAUCUGGAGUUCCUCAAUGUGUUCUGCCCCAGGUGGAACAAUUGGGACCUCCCCAAACUACCAUCUCUCAUAGUCCUAUUUCAUUACCACCCUUUCCUGGGAGAGAGUGCUCAAUAGACCAAGAAGGAAGCACCGAUCCUCAAACCCAUCUUUUAUUUGGUAUCAAUAUGUCAAACCUUAGAGCAGUUGGCAGCGAUAGUGUUUCUACAACGAUACAUUUUCCUUCUAAUUAUAUGAGCACUACAGAAACUGAUUUUUCUCUCAAUCCGGCAGUUACGCCUUCUAAUUGCAUUGACGAAUCAGGUUUCCUUCAGUCUCCAGAAAACGUGGGCCAUGAAAACCAACCAAAUGGAAAUUUUGUUAAGGUCUACAAGUCAGGGUCCUACGGGAGGUCAUUGGAUAUUACCAAGUUCAGCAGCUACCAUGAGCUGCGUAGGGAGCUUGCUCGUAUGUUUGGCCUUGAUGGCGAGUUGGAGGACCCUGUGAGAUCAGGCUGGCAGCUUGUAUUUGUUGAUCGAGAGAAUGAUGUUCUUCUCCUCGGGGAUGACCCCUGGCCGGAGUUUGUAAAUAGUGUGUGGUGCAUCAAAAUACUCUCACCACAAGAAGUGCAGCAAAUGGGAAAACGAGGCCUAGAACUUCUGAAGUCUGUCCCAAUGCAGAGGCUCUCCAGCAAUAGUUGUGAUGAUUAUGGAGGAAGCCGGCAGGACUCAAGAAAUUUGAGUAGUGGGAUAACUUCGGUGGGAUCACUCGAGUAUUGAACUACUUAACCAGUUAAGAUAUCAUUCUCUCGAUCAAUACUCUGUAAUAUUUGCAUCUCUUUUGACCCUUUUGAUUAAGAGUUGGAAGGGUGCCUAAUACUAGCUUAAAAACUUUAGUUUAUAUAUAAGCUAAUACUGUAAUUAAAUGUUACUUAUCUUCUUUUGGUAUAUUCUUCUGUCAGAAAAGUACAAUACAUAUAUGUAUUAGGAGAUUAAUUUUUGUGAAAAAUAGCCUCAAUAUAUUGCAAUCUAUUUC